AUGGAGCUAGAGGAUAAGAUUGGCAGAGUAUCUUCAGCUAUCCCAGACCAUGUGGAAAGACAGAGAGCAGAAGGACGUAAAGCAGAUUUGGCUUUUGAAUGGGCCUUGAAAGAUGGAUAUGUAAGAGUUAACCGUGGUCGAAUCAUGCUCAUUGGCCAGGAUCGUGCAGGUAAAACCAGUUUGAUGAAGAAUCUCUUAGGCCUUCCAUUUGACCCUAAUGAACAGAGUACUGAGGGGAUUGAAGUAAAUCCAUCAAAGUGUGAAAUUGAUGUUGAACGAGUUAGAAAUUGGCAACCUACAGAUGAGAACAAACCAGGACUGGAGGAAUACGCUAAAGAAGUAGCAAAGAUUAUUGCAGAGAAAUUGGUAAGGAGGCAUGGAAAAGAUUCAGAAGACAAUGCAGGAGAAGAUUCAGAAGAUAGUCCACUAGAAGACUCCUUUGAUGAUGAAGUAAGUUCAGAAGAUGUUUUUGAGGAAGAAUCAGUAAAAAUUUAUCCACCCUCUUUAAAAAGGGAUUUUUGCAAGGCAGAGGCAGAGGAGAACAAAGGCAGUAAAUUUUCCCAGUAUUCAAAAGAAGAAAACUUACCAAAUGAACCAGAGGCACAGAUCAAUGCUUCUUCACCUCCAGAUGACAUCAGAAGACAUCUUCAUCUGUGGCUAGAGUAUGUCAAAUGUAAAGGUGAUAUCAGCAGAGAGGUUGUCCAAAGUUUAGACAUUUGGGAUUUUGCAGGGCAGCAUUUGUACUAUGCCAGUUACCCUAUCUUUCUAUCGCCACGAGCAUUGUACAUACUGGUACACAAUCUCAGUAAGCCAUUAGAUGCACUAGCUGAGCCUUGCGUCAGACAAGGAAUGAUUGAUGUUGAAUUGAAAAACCCCAACAAUGAAACAAAUGUAGAGAAUCUGUUGUCAUGGCUGGCUACAGUUCACAGUCUUGCCCAAGUACCAAUAAAUGAGGAAAAACAUGAUGAUUCGCCACACAAGCUGCCCUACCUCCGCCCCCCAGUAUUGAUUGUUGGCACACAUGCUGACAAACCAGUUGAUGGCAUUGCACUGAUGAAAAAACACAUUGAGGAGAGAAUUUUCCACAAGGAAUAUGACAAGCAUGUGAUACGGCCUCUUUUCUGUAUCGAUAACACAAGAUCAUCGUCAAAACAACUAGCUAAUGAGAGCAAUGGGGAUAACAGCUGUGGAGAUGCAAUCGAUUCUCUUCAAAACAGAAUCAUUGAAGUGUUGAAUAAGGAACCCUACAUGGAAGAGAAAAUCCCAGUCAGGUGGUUUUUGUUUGAGAAGGUGAUUGAAGCUUUGGUUGAUAAACAGAUUUAUCACAGCAGUUUGCGACAACUUCAAGACUAUGCAGAGAAAUGGUGUUUCGUGGAAGAUUCAAAUGAGUUUAACUCCAUGAUCAGUUUCUACCAUGACCUGGGGUUGAUAAUCAAGCACCGCAGUACAGUUGUAUUGAAGGCUCAGUGGUUGAUUGAUCUAUUCAAGCAACUGAUAAUCAUUCCACGUUAUAAUGAUAUGGUGAGGGAAUCCCCAGAAGAUAAAUGGAGCUGA